GCUUCACAUCCAGCGAUGUCCGCUGCUUUACCUGGAGAAAUGGAGUUGUUAGAGAAACACGAAGAGAUGAAGGAGAGCAGAGCUGGUGGAGCAGAUGGAGAGUCGCAGAGAGCAGCUGAAGAUCCAGAGGAGACGGCAGGCCAAGGAGGCUGAGGCAGCUCGCCGGAGGAACGCCACACUGCUGCAGGAUUUACAGAGGACAGAGGAUCGUCUCAGAGGAAAACAGCUGCCACACCCGCAUCUACUGGCUCUGCAGACAAGAUACUGGGCAUCUGUGGAAGAGUCUAUCCCAGUCUGGGAGCACUUCCUCCUGGGUAAAGGCCCACAUCCGACUGAUGGUCCAGGAAAACCACCCAACAGAGCCAAACAGAAACCCAGCACAGCAAAAGACCAGGGUCUGCCUCCUCGCCCAAAACCCAGGACCACUCGAUAGGUGCUUAAUAAGCUCAAAGGAAAGAAUGUGACACACAGCCAGCUGUGGACAACAAACAGAGCAACAGUGCUGAUGUUUCUGAGAAAUCACAGAUAUGUUCAGUGACACCUGAACAAAAUUCUUGGAAGAUUCAGACAUCAGUGCGUCUCUGCCUGAGUUGCUGACUGACGCCAUGCAGACUUUUGUGCUUUCUGCAGCUUUCAUUGUGGAUCAAUCUCUGUAUGAAAAACAUUGUGUCAGUUAGUCCCGGCUUGUUGUAGUGCUGGUGUGCAGGCUACUCUGGCAUGAUAAAGUAUUUGCCUUAUCAGAUCAGCUGCACAGAUGAGUGUAACACACUGUACACACACCAUUGCACACACUGUAUAUGAUUGAUUUCCCGCCCACAUGGCUCUCAUUUUCAAUGCAGUUCUGUAGAAUCUGUUGGCUGUUUCGUGGAACAGAACAGAUGCACAGUAAUCAGUAGUUACUUGAGAGGUGUCUUCUGCCUUCUCACUUUCCUACUCAAUUUAAACAACAACCUCCAGUUUAUGUCAGCUAAAAUAAAUGUAUGCAUCAAUGUUUUACAAAAAGUUUUUGCUGAAUAUUUUCAUGACCUUAAAAUAACAGCGACACUGAGCAAAUGUUAAAUAACACAUGCAAACUGCAGCUGUCUGAUGGCAGUAAACCAUUUGAGCUCUCAUAAUCACUGCUCCUCCUCAUGGUAGAUAAAGCAUUGCAUGUAGUUUCCAUACAUGGUUCUAAGGGGGGUUACAUGGUUCAAGUUGGGGCUGUGUUCACUACAUUGUUGAGGGGGAUCUUGUUAUAGUCAAGGACCUAGCGGGAACCCGGCAUGGAUCUACUACGGAUCUGUACAGGCCCUGGCAUGGACCAGCCAGCAAACCUAGCUCUGAUGAGCUAAGCAAGUCUGCUUUGAGGUCGCAGCAUCCAAAGUAAAAAGGAUACAAUCAUUUUACAGUAUUUUCAGGUAUACCUCAGGUAUUGACUGUAUAAUUUUUAUAGACAGUACCUGAGGUGUUGACUGUAAAAAUAGAGGAGCAGUGACUCACAAGCUCACAAAUAUGAUCAGUUUAGAUCACUGCAGCUUUUUAAAAAAGAGCAUUUUGUUGUUGCUUCUUCAGAUCUCAGCUAUUUCCUCUCAUGGUAUUAGUAUGGAAUGCAAAAUGCUGAUAUUGUGACACCAGUGUUGUGGGAGCAGUUACAUCAUGCAGAAUAAGCUGAUGUUGUGUCCAUCCUGACCAUAAGACGGACCUGUUGCCUUGGUCUGCUGACCUCCUUGACCGCCUAACACUGCUUAAUACAGAGUUCCUGAACAGAUAUUUUUUCUGUGUUUAUGUUUGCAGUGUUGUGUCAGAACCACUAGAGGGAGCCAGUGUCACAGGUAAAUGUCCUGUCUCUGGUCAGGAGGCAUGCAUCUGUACUUAAUCCACAGCACACUUAUUUUGUGUCUGCUAACAACUCAGAGUCUGCAGGAGUCUCAAUUUUCGGACAGUUAGGGCUCAACGAGUAGGCUGGCGAUCAGACAGAAUUGCGCUUUUGUUUUCACUUAAUUAUUCAUUGCAUAUUUGAAUUGAUGGUGAUCUGUUUAUUUUGGUGAUGUGAGCAGAGAUCCAAAGGUCUGCAACCAGGUGACUCGAUUAGAACUAUGAGAGGAAUCUCAUUACAUUUACCAGCUGUGUCCAUAGCAGUUUCAAAAACUGAAGUGGUGGAAAUUGACAGGAAAUAUGCUUGGUGCUUUGAUGUAUAUGACAAUAUGGGAAACAAUCUGCAAAAUGACCAAACUGAUGUUUGAAUCAGAGAAAUCUGUUUUUGCUCAGAAUUGUUGCAAAUGUUUUUGCUUUGUUAAUUUGAACAACAGAAAUUUGACAAUUGAUCACAUCAUCAUGAUAUUCCAUUGAAAGUCAAGGGCGAAAAUACUUUUAACACUUUUAGUCUAUUCUCAGAAGAAGCUUUAUUGGACAUUUGUCACACUGUUAAGUUCUUGCACUGUUGUUUCUGAGAAGACAUUAAACUCUGAAGCAUUUAAAAAGUUUGGCUUAUUUUGUUAAAACAAUAUAUUGUCUAUUAAAG